GUGCAUAACACUGAUCACUCAGUAUUUUCUUGUCCAUAUUUACGCACGAAGUUCUGCAAUGGACGUCUCAAAUAUCCUAGCAUCUCAUGCUGCAAAAUUCCAAUCUGUCACCGUCGAAAAAGAGACACCUCUCGACGUGGACACCGGCUUCCUGACUGUCACAGACCUCACCCCAAUCGACGAGGAUGAUUACAAAUCAAAUCUUGAAGAAUACCUACAGUCAACUGCUCGAGAUGGCAUCCAGGCAUUAAUCGCAGCACUAUAUGCCCUGCCCACCCAACCAUCACCAGAUGGCCCACUCGCCCAACUUCCAGCACCGACAACACAACUCCCUCGUGCUAAACCCCUUCCCAAGCCUAAACCACCGACGAAAUGGGAACGCUUCGCUGCUGCAAAAGGCAUCCAGAAGCGUGUGCGUGAAAAGAAGGUGUGGGAUGAAGAACGACAGGAGUGGGUUAACCGCUGGGGUAAAGACGGUAAAAAUAAGGAAAAGGAGGAACAGUGGAUUCAUGAAGUCAAGGCUGAUGCUCCUGUGGACCAUGAUCCUGUCAAAGCCGCCCGCGAUGCACGGACAUCAAGAGUUGCCAAAAACGAGCGACAGCGGCUCCAAAAUAAUGCUCGUGCACAAACCACUGCUGGUGAUCGGGAGGGCCGUAAAAUGGAUAUCGAGAAGACUCUCGCUACCACUCGAAUAAGUACUGCAAGCAUGGGCAAAUUUGACAAAAAGCUCGACGGAGAGAAGAAACUGAGAGGCGUCAAGCGCAAGUUUGAGGCUGCAGAAACAUCUGUGGAACAAGAAAAACAGGCAUCACUUGCAGUGCUUUCGAAGUUGGACAGCGAUGUAAAGAGAGCAAGAAAAGAGAAAGGCGGUGGCGAUGGCGUUCUCAACGUACGGAAGGCAAUACGGAAUGUAAGCAAGGGCAGAGGUGGUGUUGCUCUCGCUCGCGAAGCCAACAGAAAAGGAGCGAAAGGCAAAAGAGGCGGCAAACGAUAGUCAGUAAAAGUACUAUAUAUUCUAUGCUAUCAUUCAUCAGCGUCGUCAUAUCAAAUCAUCACGCAUAUCGUUAUA